AUGUCUCUGCCCUCUACCACAUCAGCCAAUCAACAGGCUGUCCCGCCCCCUCCAAUCAGCCGCAGGGUCAGGAUGCACCAAAGAGAGGCCCCCUCCUACCCCCCGACCCAAGCCUGGACAUCCCUGUACAAGAACUACAUGAUGGGAAUGGCACUUGAACUAGCAGAGCAGGGCUCCAACGGCAGGAAGUCUGGAGAAGUCUCUUGCCAGAAACAGGACGUCCUGGUUCUGUUGGAGAAGGCAGACUCCGCCCACGAUGACUGUCUCCUGGGGGGGGAGUCAGGUCGGGUUCAAGGGUCACACAUGACUGUCAUCAACCCUCUGUCUGACCAAUCACAGUCUCCCAACGACCAACACAACCAAUCGGAUCCCGCCUCGGAUGACAAGAGUCAAUUGAAGCCUCCCUCUGAAUACAAGAGCCAAUCAGAACCUCCGUCCAUCCUCCCAUCUCAGACCAGUGUAGAGAAGACCCAGCCGGUUACAGCACCUGUCAGCGGUCCGAGGUGUGUGGCGCGGUUCGACUACGAGGGUGAGGAGGAAGACGAGCUGACCUUCUCCGAGGGUAACGUCAUCGCUCUGACGGAGGUGAUUGAUCAGGAGUGGGGGCGGGGUCAGAUCCACGGGCGAAUAGGAAUCUUCCCCCUGGCCUUCACCGAGAUCCUGGAGGAACUACCUCCGUUGGCAGGGUUACAGCCCAUUGUCGAGACAACCAAGGAGACAACUGAAUCCUCAGACGUUCCAGACCAGUGGGUUGUGGCUCUUCACGACUUCCCAGGUCAGACUUCAGAGGAUCUGUGGUUCCAGCAGGGGGCGCUGAUCAGAGUAACACAGCGUGUCGACGCAGACUGGACCAGAGGAACACUGGACGGACGGGAGGGACUGUUCCCCACUACCUUCACACACACCUGUAACACAGCUCAGCCAAUGACGGGCCAGCCUGUGGCCAGGGGCGUGGCCAAGGUCCUGUUUGAUUUCAGUGGAGAGAGCGAAGAUGAGCUCUCACUGAAGGCAGGGGAGGUAGUAACAGGGGUGGUGACAGUAGACGAGGAGUGGUAUCUGGGGGAUGCAGGAGGGAGGCGAGGCCUGGUCCCCAAAAACUAUCUGAAACUGCUUCCUGGCAGCUGGACCACGUACACUAUGUGA